AUGGAACUAUUUUCCAUACUAUACAUACUUUUAAUACUGCAGAUUUCUUGGUCUGCAGAUGACGAAAAAAGUAAGAGAGAAGAAUCCUCUAGAGUUGCUCCUUCAAAAGAACCUCCAAAAAAUCCUACUGGUAUAACUCUUGACAUUGAUAAACUUGACCCUAGCCAGUUUUCAUUUAAUGAAUACUAUUAUGACGGAGUUCAUACCCAGAUUAUUGUUCCACAUGAGGGUGUUACUGUGAUAAAGGUUCUCCAGUCGUUGCUUACCAUAUGGAUGAUCCGAUCCUAUGAAAAAUUUGAAUACUGCAAGAUAUACAUGAAAAAUGGAAAACCUCAUAUUGUAAGUGUUACAAAGAGUAACCGCAGUGGUGUAAAGCAUGCAAAUUAUUUAAGGGCCGUUGGUAGAUGGAAAAACUGCGAUGAUCUUACUGAGCAAAUUAAUAAGCUAAAGGUACCAAUAUCAUCGGACGAAGAUAUGAUAUUUAACCUUGUGGAGUCAGAAAGUAACAGAGAAUGUAAUAUAUUUGCGACUAACAUAGUAGGAUCUCAGGUGCGAUUUUAUUUUCCCAAUCCUGGCUAUACAUCUACCAAAGUUGUUUAUGGGACUUCCCUUGUAUGGAAUUCUACUGGAGACAAGAGGUGUAUUGCUUGCGAUCUCUAUUUUGAAAAUGAGAAACCAUCGUUUGUCAUCCUUAGUAUCAAAGAUCAUGGACAUGUGGACCACAUAUAUAUUGGCAAGAAUGCUGACGAAUCUUGGGGAGAUUCAAGAGAAGAUGAUACUACCAAUGAUGAAGUUAUGCCAUCAAUUUGCCACGAAUCUGAUGAUAAAGCAGGAGCCCAUGGAGAUUCUGGAAAGGACCCACAGAAAAUUGAUUUCACGACUACAUCGCCAUCAAAGGAUACCACCACCAAUACUGGUAGGAAGCUUGGCCGUAUCGGAAAGAGAAUAGGAUCCUUCAGAUUUAGGACACAUUCUUUUAGAGUUCCCAGACCAACAAAACCCGAAGCUUCCACGGAACGUUCUGAAGCCUCAGAGUCGUCUCGCGGAGCUUCUGAAGAUCUUCAUGGAAUAGAUACAUGGAGAAAAGAUGUACUGGAAACUAAAAUAGCUUCAGGAUCAGAGUCAUUGGAUAGUGAACCUGGAAAAUCCUCAAGUUCAUCAUAUUAUGAUGUAUUUAGUGAAGUUGAGUGUACAUCACCUGUGUUCGAACCAGCCGUAGUCAGACCAAAGGUUAGAACUGAACCAAGGAAACCGGAUGGAAUCCCUACACCAACUAUGUAUUCACCUCAACCAAAAGAAUUAGUUACAGCACAGGAAGAACCAGCCAAGCGAUUGGCUUCAGAGACUUCACCUACAACCCCUACACAUUUGUACGCAACAUCAGAUUUAACUACACUUAACCUUCAAUUUCCCGACUAUACAAGUUGUAAGUCCUUCAACUAUAACUGUGAAGGCGUUCAAACAAGGUGGACAAUCCCGCUAAAUUGCGUCAUUACAAAGCUCGUUAAUAUCCGUUCGGAGAUUUGGAAUGCUAAGCCCGGUGAAGAAUUUGUAUACACAAAAGCAUAUCUUAACAAAGAUGGCCAACCGGAAAUUGUCCUUGUUGUUGUAAAAUCAAAGGAUAGUAUAUCCAAAAAGUACUAUAAACAUAAGAACGGUCUUUGGCCACGGUCUAAGAAAUGCUAUAGUGAAAAAAUAAAGACAUUGAAGAGUUUUACACCAAAGAAGGGAGAGUUUACCAUUAUAUUAGGGGAUGAAAAUGAAACUGCAGAAUGCAACAUAUUUAACGUUACGAUUUUGGAUACUCAGGUUCGUGCUCUGAUCCCCAAACCUGGAAAUCAUGCUAUAUUAGUUGUGCAUGGUGAGCAUACCUUAUGGAAGGCUGAAAAUAACAAACACUGUUUAUUUGCUUACCUUUAUUUCAAGGAUGAGCUACCAUACUUGGUUCGUAUGAAAAUCAGAACGUUAGAAGGAUCUGAACACAAAUUCUUUAAAAAAGACGCUGAGAAAUGGGUGGAAAUAGCACUAGAAGACUUUGUUUCGGAUACCUCUGCUGGAUUAGUUACACAUAUUGACAAUUCUCUGGCCGAUGACAUAAUAUCGAGCUAA